AUGGAUCAGGUCACUCCGCCCUCAUCUUCUCACGGCAAGCACCGCCGUACACGCUCGACCCCAGAUCGCAUGUCUGGUGGCAGUUCUGAUGCCGAGACUGCCUUGAACUCCCCCAUCGCGCCCUCCACGCCCUUCAGCCCGCUCGAGCAACGCGCAGGCGUCAAUGUCCCGGACACGCCUCUCUCACCGCUGUUCGAUGAUAUUGCUGAUCAUGAUGAGCACUGCCGUGUUGGCAGCAGCGAGGAGAUCAAGGGCUCGCCCAAGCCUGCCCCUGCGACUGGGGUCUACGAAUACCAAAUCUUCCUGACAAAUCCCGACGAGGAGUCGACCCCGAUGGUGGUCAAGCAAGAUGGAAAGACGCCCUUCGAGAAGAAAGAUUUCGUUCCGAUCACCAAUCACCGCCGCGUGGACCGCCGCAGACUGAACCCUCAGCGCCCUCACUUGGUGCCAAGCCGCUCUGACCCAGCCGGUGUCCAUGCGAUGUCCGGCAGUCACCCUCCGCAGUUCUCCGAUAACCCUUUCAUGCAGAGUUACCCUGAUCCCGCUGUCUCCAGCGAAUCAUCUCAUCCAGAGCUCUCUACCGACUCUGAGGACUUCGUCCCUGGCCCUUUGCUCUCAAAGAUUGAUGCUAGGAAUGCCCAAGCGAAGCUGUCUCCGGAAGCGUGCCUCUUCGUAGCAAGUCUCCGGAAGGACAAAUCAGACCAGGAAAUCUACGCUGCGUUGGUCAAGGAAUUCAGCAAGCAUGGCACUUGCUACAUCAAGGUGAAGCGGAACAGAGAGCUGCCAAUUGCCUUUAUUCAAUACCACGAGAAGGACAAGGCCGACAUGGCCAUGGAGCGUGCUAGUGGGGCCUUGAUCCUUGAGCGCCCGUGCCGGAUCGAGAAGGCCAGGGCUCCUCGCUCUGUUUUCGUCUCCCGCCGCGAUGGCAAGACUCCCUCCCGGGCCGAAGUCGUGCAACUUCUCCAGAUGGUCGGCCAGGUUGACAAGAUGUGGGCACUCUCGGAGAUUGAUAUGGAGAGAUUUGCACUGGCUCCCGGCUUCUGCUGCCGCUUCGCCUUCUACCAGGACUCUGUAGACGCGAUCACGCGCUAUCGCGAUCACAUUGUCUACGACGUGGAGUCGUUCCUGGCGCCGGAAAAGAGCCAUCAACCCACCUUCGACUGGGGUAGUGCGCUUUCGGAGCCGAACCGUUCGUCAACUACCCCCAACUUCGAUUUCAACAUCCACAUGCGGAAUGCUCUGUGGGUUGGAGGGCUCCCGCCGAGUGUCACCAAGUCCGAGCUGAUGCGGGUCUUCUUCAACCAACGCCGGGUUGUUUCCAAUGUUGACAUCAGGAUCCGUACCGCUGCUCCGAGCACCAAUGAGGCUAGCUAUGCGGUCAUCUACUUCGCUGAUGACCAGAGUGCCCUUGACGCGGCUUUGUGCACGCACCGCAAGCUGCGCCUCCACACUGGUGAGCGUGUUCGCAUUCAGUGGGCAUUCAAGAACUUCCUCCGUAACUUCGGACGUGGCCACACUUCUGGACCCAAGAACUAUCACGACUGUGCUGCUGGUACGCACUUCGGCAACCACGGCAGCUUCUUCCUUGGAGACGCCAACUUUGGGCGUGGUCCUCAAGCUUUCCCGCUUCCCACCCGUGCCGUCAGCGGCUACCCUCGUCCGGCUGGUGAGAUGUCAUCUCCUAACGGUGCCUUUGUUAAUGGUGCCGGCCAUUUCCAUAUGGCAAAUGUUAUGGGCCAGCAUGCGGCUCAGCAGGCUUUUGUCAAUGGCCAGGUUUAUGGAGUGUACCCCGGCCCCAUGGCUGAAUCUCAGGCCAACAAUGGACAUGUCGCUAACCGCGCAACCCCUUCGACGGCCUUUGCGGGCUACCCGGUUGUCAACGGCACCUACCAUGUGUGCUCACGCUUCCCUUCGAGGUUGUAA